AUGCUCCUCGGCAACCAUCCCGUCCCCGCACCCUCCAACGAGGUCAGCAUCGUCGGCGAGGUCACCAACGGCAUCAUCAUCGCCGCGAAAGCUGCCGUAAACACGCUCUUUUUGUCGCAGCGGCGCGGCGCGCUGAUGGCUCUCCAGAUAAAGAACCUGAAGAAGGCUGCGCUGGCGUACCUUGUGUGGGACCUACGCGGCGAGCUGGCGGGCGCGCGACUCGAGCAGGCGGUCGUGUACGGCAAGCGGCUCGAGACGCACGCGAGCGGCGUGGACAAGGAGUUGGGCAAGUGCAAGCGGCGGCAGGCGGGCGCGGAGGCGCUUCUCGCUUUUAACGAGCCCGCGGUCGAGGAGGAGCCGGCGGUCGAGGACCUGCCUGCCAGCGACUCUCGUCCCGACGACGCGUCUUCGGACAGCAAUCGGGAAAGCGUCUUCGAACGUCGGGUGACCCGUCGGAUGAUCGACGCCGGCCUGAACGAGGCGCAAUUCGAUGAUAUGCGGAACGUUUACGGGAUUCAGCUCGCCCACGAGGACGAGUGUCACGAGUGUGCCAUUCUUCAGGCUCGGGCAGCCUGCUUCGAGAAACUGUAUUACGGGCGUAAGGCGGAGCUCCUCCAGAUCUACCGCGACUGGGACAGUCCCGAGGUGGCACAGCGGCACCGCUUCCUCCAUGCGGUUCAGCGACGCUCCGGUACCCUGGGUCGUGGGUAUUAUAGUGACCCAUCAUUUGUGUGA